UCUGCCCUGUGCACUCAUCUGGCACUCACCCUUCCUGCUCUCUGUCCAUUCUGCUUUUCUCUAACUUACUCAUUCAGUCAAUUACACUCUGACCAAAAUGAGCGUAAGACAAAGUUAUUCUGUGCGUACCUCUGGGCCCAUGUCUCAGAUGUCCAUCCAGCGUAGCUCUGUGCUGCCUGCCUACCGGGCACUCAGCAUCCAUGGUGGAGCUGGUGGCCAUGGUGCUCGUAUCUCCUCAGCCUCCUAUUCCGGUGUGCAAUCUGGGCUGGGAUCCCCCUCCAUCUCUACUUCUUUUCAAGUGAGUGCCUCCGGGGCCACAGGAGAGAUCAUGGGCAACGAGAAGAUGGCCAUGCAGAACCUCAACGACCGUCUGGCCUCCUACUUGGAAAAGGUGAGGACCCUGGAGAAGGCUAACAGCAAGCUGGAGCUGCAGAUCCGUGAGGCUCUGGAGAAGCGAGGCCCUGAUGUACGCGAUUACAGCCGCUAUCAAGCCAUCCUUGAUGACCUCCGCAAAAAGGUUUUUGAUGCCACUGUGGAUAACGCCCGACUAGUCCUUCAGAUUGACAAUGCUCGUCUGGCAGCUGAUGACUUUAGAGUGAAGUAUGAAGCUGAGCUGUCCAUCCGACAGUCAGUGGAGGCUGAUAUUGUUGGACUGAGGAAGGUCAUUGAUGAUACCAACAUGGGCCGAAUGAACCUGGAGAGUGAGAUUGAGGCCCUCAAGGAGGAGCUCAUCUAUCUGAAGAAGAACCAUGACAAUGAGGUCAUGGACCUUAGAAGCCAGAUUGCUCAGUCAGGAGUGCAGGUGGAUGUUGAUGCUCCUAAGGGACAAGAUCUAGCUCAGAUCAUGGAGGAGAUGAGAGCCAAGUAUGAGAAGAUGGCCCAAAAGAACCAGGAGGAGCUUAAAGCCUGGCAUGAAACACAGAUCCAAGAAGUUCAGGUACAAGUCUCACAGAACACAGAGGCCCUCCAGGGUGCACGAACAGAAGUCAACGAACUCCGCAGACAGAUUCAAACCCUAGAGAUCGAGUUGGAGUCACAAAAGAGUCUGAAAGCUUCACUGGAAGGCACACUGCGGGACACAGAGAUGCGCUACAACAUGGAAAUCGAGAAUCUGAAUUCCAUCAUCAUGCAGCUGGAGGCUGAGUUGACACAGCUCCGCAACAACAUCCAGCAUCAGACACAGGAGUAUGAAGCUCUUCUCAACCUGAAGAUGAAGUUGGAGGCUGAGAUUGCCACCUACAGAAGACUUCUGGAUGGUGGAGAUUUCAAGCUGGAGGAUGCUGUUACUGAGGAACAGAAGAAAGUAAAAGUGAUGACUGUCACACAGACACUUGUGGAUGGAAAAGUGGUGUCCUCAACCACAGAGACCAAGGAGAGAAAGUUGUAAUCAAUGACCAAGACUUCCCAACAACACAACACUAACAAGCCUGGACUGACAACCGUUGUCAAGCCUCUACUGAUAACCCAGUGUCAUACAGUGUGGGGGUGGAAAAUUUAUUUAUUGCUUUCCCAUCGCCUUACUUAAAAUUUCUUCAGCGCUAAUAUAUUUUAGGAUGAAUUUAUUUUAUACUAAAACUAAAAGAAAAACAAAAGGAAUUAUUGGAAAGAUAUUGUCUAUGCUGUGUCAGUUUCUUGCUUGCUUGUUGUGUUGUGUCCAAUAAAAGUCAAGUUUCUCUGUUA